AGCAAAAUAAGAAUGUGUACUGUUUGAAAAAGAUAUCCAAAAACACUGCCCUAAUUUUCCUAAAAUAGGAUUGUCGAAAACCAACCUAAAGGAACAUAGAUGUGUCCUUUUUCGUCAUUUCCUCCAUGCAUCCAAACCCACCUACGAACGCGUGUGGUCUCAACUCUCAUAAAUCAAACCGAACACAAAGCGUUAAUCUUCUGUCUCUUUCUUUUUUUUUCAUUAUUAACAGCAAAACUAAAAAGAAUUUCUGUGCUUCCUUUUUUCUUAUUGUUUUACUCUCUCUCUCUCUCUCUGCUAAGUCCUCAAGAAUUCAACUAUUUUGUAUUAAUGAAAGCUACGCUCUCUCCUUCAAGAUGGAAGCUACUCUUUUGGAUAAUGACAUGGAGGGCGUGGAAGAUGAAUCUGCUGAACAAUUACUUGCUUCAUGUUCCUUUUUGGAUCAAAUUUUUGGAGAUCCACAGGUGAUCCCUCGUGUUGGAGGUCAAUACCAAGCAGAAAUUCCACCUCUUGUUGGAGAAUGUCAUAGUUUACAGGUUGUAAAGGAACCAAUUGAUUCAAAAGUUGUAAUGAAUGUGCCAAACCCUUUUCCAUUGGGAUUGCCUAUCCCCUUUUUCUGGACAAAGACUGGAGUUGAAAGCAUAAAUGGUGCAUUUGAAUUUGAAAACAGUGAAGAGAGCCGCAUUACGUCAAGCCAUGGUUGUGCAGAAUACAAAGUUGAAAGUCUAUAUUCUGUGUUGGGUGAUAGGAAAGACAUGAGAGGGUAUUCAAAGAUUCAACUUACAACCAGAAGUAAGAUGGAUGUUGAUUUACUCGUUCCACACGAGCCAAAAUCUAAGCUGAAUCAAGUGGAUAGAGGUCCCUGUCCUCUUCCAGGCUCUUUAAGUGAAGUAUGUAAAGAUAUCGAACUUGACAGUUUUCUUCUUGGGCUAUACAUCUUUGGAAAAAAUCUUACCCUUGUGAAAAAUUUUGUUGAGAGUAAAGAGAUGGGAGAGAUAUUGUCUUUCUAUUAUGGAAAAUUUUACGGGUCUGAUGAAUACCGUAGAUGGUCAGAAUGCCGAAAGUUAAGAAGCAGACGGUGCAUUCAUGGACAAAAGCUAUUCACCGGAUGGAGGCAACAGGAAUUAUUAUCACGAUUAUUUUCUCAUCUUUCAAAAGGAUGUCAAGAUAUGUUGCUUGAGGUUUCUAAGACGUUUGGUGAGGGGAAAGUUUCCUUUGAGGAUUACGUAUUCACUAUAAAGAAUACAGUUGGCAUUGGUAUGCUCGUAGAAGCUAUAGGUAUUGGCAAAGGAAAGCAAGACCUCACUGGAAAUGCCAUGGAGCCAAUAAAAGCCAAUCAUGUAGUUUCUUUUCGUCCUGAAAUACCAGUUGGCAGAGCAUGUUCUACUCUUACAUCAGCAGAUAUUAUCAAGUUUCUAACAGGAGAUUUUAGGUUGAGCAAAACUAGAUCCAGCGAUCUUUUCUGGGAAGCUGUUUGGCCUCGCCUUUUAGCCAGAGGUUGGCACUCUGAACAGCCAAGGGAUCAGGUUUUUUCUGGUUCAAAGAAUUCUCUGGUGUUCCUUAUACCUGGUGUUAAGAAGUUUUCAAGGAGGAGACUAGUGAAAGGUGACCACUAUUUUGAUUCUGUUAGUGACAUUCUUAAAAAAGUUGCAUCAGAACCAGUGCUUCUUGAGCUUGAAAUUGAAGUGGCUAAAGGCAGCAGAGAGAAUGAAGAAAAUAAGUGGGACCCAGUAAUAAAACAAGAUCCUGAUUUUAUGACAAAUAAUCGUAAUAAUUAUCUCAAGCCACAAAAUUCCGGUUGCAAUCGAGAUCUAUUGAAGUUUACAGUUGUAGAUACUAGUUUGGUUCAAGGGGCUGAACGGUCCAAGGUUAGAGAGCUGAGAAGCUUACCUCUUGAAGCUACUAACUUAUUCACCCCCUCUAGUAUUUCCAGUGAUUCUGAGGAGGAUACAUCUAAGGACUCGGAAGAUGAAGUAGAAGAAACUAGUACUACAAUUGCUGCAGAGGCCGGGGCAAAUCGGGGAGAGUGUGUGGACUUAUCAGAUUGUGUAAAUGGUAAUUCAAAUAUUGUCAUUCCCCACACCUCUGAUACCAGCAUUAUAUCAGUGGGAAAUCAUGAAAGCCCCCACACAAGUCUGCUUGAUGAUGAGGAGAAAAAGGUUAUGAAUUAUAAUUUCGGCAAAAAGGAGCAGUCCAAUGAUUCAAAAUAUUUGGCUCCUGUUACUAAACAGCAGGGUUCAACUGAUUGUGUCAAUGUAGAAUCAAGCAGUAGUGUUGAAAACUUUUCCGUUGACAACAUGUUAAAUGAAGACAAUUCUCACUGUAGGCCUAACUCGCUGGAUGCUUGUGAAGAUAUGGUUUUUCAAACGGGAUCCCAAAACUUGUCACCUGCCAGUUCUUUGUCUAAAGCUGGUCCUGAUGAGGGAAAGGAAGGUAUUGUCACUGAAAACUGCCUGCAUGGAGAAGAAUCUCCAACAAAAACUCUGUCACAUACAUUGAUAGAGUUAAAUGUUCCUCAAGAUUCAAUGGGUCUUGAAACCGAAGGACCCUUCAUCACAGAGACCGUGCAAGAUAGUGACAAUUCAUGUUCACAUAUAUCAUUCUUUCAGUCUGAAGUAACAGUUCAGCCUGAGCCAUUGAAGCUUCCUGAUAAAGGUGCAGAGGUCGAUCAGCAUCCUAUAAUGCUCAACCGGAGGCAGAGUACUAGGAACCGACCAUUAACCACAAAAGCAUUAGAAGCUCUUGAAUAUGGAUUCUUCAGUCCCAAGAGGAAGAGAAAGAUAGCAGAGGCUCCACAGAAUAACUCACGAAGAGCUCGAGGAAGGCCUGUUGUUAGUGCCAAUUUUAGAUAUGGUGCUAGUAACCCCAAUAUGGAGGAGACAUAGGCUGGUCUCUACAGUGCGAAAAAAAUAACCAGUCAGUCUCAAAUUUGAAUCGGAUACACGGAUAAAUGAGCAGGCUAAUUGCGAAGCUGUUCCUGAAAAAUCACAUCCCUCUUCUAUGUCCUCCAAAGCAUUGUGUUUUGUGUGAUUUCUAUUAUUCUAGUCAAUAACUGGGAGGGAAAAUGUUUCCUUGAUUAUACGAGGAAAACAUAACACCCCUUUCACCCAACUAGCUACAGAUUCCUGACAAACGUUUGGUGAAAAAUCGAAGUAUCACUGACACACGUUCAUCUUACAUAAGUCAGAUGAAACCGAUAGUCCAAUGGGGGGUUAUAAUCUCAGAAAGGCGAGGCGGGAAAGCAAUUCCUUCAACUGGAGUAAACUUUUUUAGUGUAGGAGCAAUUGACACAGGUGGUUCUUACUUUCUUCUAGAUAAUUGACUUGCAAACGGUACCCCUUCUGGGGGUCUGUUUGACUGCUGAAUAAUCCUAAUGCCAACCUUUGAUCUUGGUAAAGAUGACUGUAAUUUUUCCAGUUAAUUUAUCUCUUUCUAUAUAUGUCCUAAAAAAGUGUGUAAAGCAAAAGACUUGUAUACCUCUAAAAGAUUUUCAAUUUAACAAAGUUGUCCUGUUGUUAAUAUUAAAUCUUUUUUGGA